AGAAAGAGAGCGAGAAAGAGAGAGAAAGAGAGACGAGUGCGAGAGCGCGAGAGUCCGCGUAUCGAUUUUACGAUCCGCGCUCGUUCUGUCUGUCUGUCCGAGUCGAGUCGACGUCGUCGUCGUCGUCUGCGCCCCGAGCUGCUCGCGCGAGGAGUUCAGUGCGCGGUGCGGAGUGUGCUGGUGCGAGAGUGCGCGGCAUAUUGUGUGCUCGAUCAUUGAGUUCGCCAGCGAGAACGAGAGAAAGAGAAGGCGGUGGUGGAUGGCUGGCAGUGGAGCGUGAAUGGGAUUAGCAGCUAGCCGCCGCCGUCGAGCAGCGCCCCAGAUCUUCUACUAAGCAGCAGCAGCAGCAGCAGCAGCAGCUCGUGCGCAUCUCGCUCGCUCGCCAUGACCAAGGACAGACUUGCAGCCCUCGUCGCCGCCCAGUCGGACGAUGACGACCAGGCGGACGAGGUGUCCGUCAACAUGGGCGCCACCGAGGACUUCAUGCAGGACUUCUUCGCGGAGGUGGAGGAGAUACGAGAGAUGAUAGACAGGAUUCAAGCGAACGUGGAAGAGGUGAAGAAAAAGCACAGCGCCAUCCUGUCCGCGCCACAGACGGAUGAGAAGGUCAAGAUGGAGCUCGAGGACUUGAUGGCCGACAUCAAGAAAACUGCUAACAAAGUCAGAGCCAAGUUAAAGGUGAUAGAGCAAAACAUCGAGCAAGAGGAGCACACGAACAAAUCGUCGGCGGACCUGAGGAUACGCAAGACUCAGCACUCGACGCUAUCCCGGAAAUUCGUGGAGGUGAUGACCGAAUACAAUCGGACACAGACCGAUUACAGGGAAAGGUGCAAGGGCAGGAUACAGCGACAGCUCGAAAUCACGGGUAGAACGACGACCAACGAGGAGCUGGAGGAGAUGCUGGAGCAGGGCAACCCGGCGGUCUUCACGCAGGGGAUCAUCAUGGAAACGCAACAAGCCAAACAGACCCUCGCGGACAUCGAGGCGCGCCACGCUGACAUCAUCAAACUAGAAAACUCCAUUAGGGAGCUGCAUGACAUGUUCAUGGACAUGGCCAUGCUCGUGGAAAGCCAGGGAGAGCUGGUGGACCGCAUCGAGUACCACGUCACCCAGACCGAGGACUUCGUGAAGGACGGCAAGACGGAGCUCGUGCAAGCUGCCAUAUACCAAAGCAAGGCUCGCAAGAAAUUGAUCUUCAUCGUUGUCUGCCUUUUGGUGGUGCUCACCAUUUUAAUUGUUAUUUUGGUGGUAAACUUGCACUGAGGACGAUGUCGGAGGAGCACGAGUAUUAUCACAUCACGGACGAGCGAGCGUCGAGCAUUGUGUCGCAUCCACCCCUCCUCCCUCUGACCACUCGCGCUGUUCUCGUUCGGCCUGCUAGCCUGGCAAAGCCACUCGUGCGUUCUCGAUAGCGAUUAAUCCUCGCCGACCCACGGCGGCUUUGCGCAGACUCCUAGCACUAGUACUUACGUGACGUUAAGCUGCGAAUUCGCUCUGAUGAUGAUCUGUAACUCGCGUCGUUUAACCCACUCGAGGAUGGAGCGCAGAGCCGUCAGUCGUCGCCCACCCCCCCUUCUAAUUCUUCGAUCCCAGUGUCGCAUACCUGACGAGAGCCUUACUCUCGCGCCCCCGUCUCUCACUGAAAUCCAGCCGACGCGAGUCCACGCGUCCGACUCGAGUAAUUAAGAGGCGGGCAGGCGCGAGCCGCGAACGCUGGAGGCGAGUCAAGGAGCGCCUCUCGUCUCUCCAGUUCCUCGUUAAGCUUUCCUCUGUUUAUGUAAAUAAGACGAUAUGUUGAUUUGUAUAGAGUUGCGAAGAAGGCCGAUAUGUCCGCGAAAAACGAAAUGUAUGCUUACGCGCAUAUACAUAUGUAAAUAAAUUAACAUACACGUAUAUAUAUGCGUCUAGGCUGAGCGGAGGUUAAGUAGAAAUUGCACGUCGACGCUUUUCAAACGUAUGGUUGAUAUGCGAUUCACAUUGUGUAGCCCGAACAAGUAAAGUAAAAAACGAUAAAGAUGUCAAUCUACGUAUAUAGAUAUAGCUCGAAGAACGUGCGAGCGCUGCGCCAACCGAGCAAAGCUGUUGUAGAUAGGCGUGCUAGCGAGCGUAGGGUGUCCGUAGGGCCGUCGGGAAUCGAACAGGCGCCGAUCGAUCGCGCGUCGUCACAUUUGUACACAGACAUUGGCAGGAGAGGUUUUCUCGCGCCAGCUGCAAUGCACAGUCCUCGAAGGUUGCAAUAACAGUAAGCGCGAUCAGAGCCAAGCAGCAGCAGCAGCAGCAGCAGCAGCAGCAACAGCAGCACCAGCAGCAGCAGCAGCAGCACGGCAACCGCCGAAGACUCUGCCAGACAAGUAAGUACCCAAGCGGGAAGAAAGAGAGAGAGCAUUGGCCGCGACUCUCUUUGUGUGUCCGUGUUGUAGAUGCAGCACGGGUGUAAUGCUGUUGACUGUCGUUGUGGCUAUAGGUGCGCGCUGGCUCUCGAUUCGACUCCCGUUCGCGCUCGUGGAGGCGAGCCAGCGGGGCUCGGGCCGCCCGAUUCGUUUGCAUUGCACUCGCGCGCCGAGAUGUCUAGCGCGAUUACCUGCUGUUGGCUGCCUGCUGUCGCCGCCUGCCGCGUAGCAGGGCUGCGCUCUCGGUGCGACGUUCAUUGUACGAACUUUUUUAAUCCUCUUACCGCUAAGCUCCGGCCCUUUUGCGCUGACGAGCAGUCGUGAAUUUCGCACCGAUACGCGCGCAAUUGCCAUUCUCUCUUUCUCUCCGUCUCUCUCUCUCUCUCUCUCUUUCUCUCUCUGCCGUUCUUCCAGCAUUUCGAUCAGUUGUUUUAAUCAACGGUCUUUUAUUGUCUUGCAAAGCUGUGGAAUCCAAUUAUCUUGCAUUUUUUUUCUUCUCUUCGAGUUUCACUACAGAAGGCAUUUAUUUGUUCUAAAGCACGCGUAGAUCGUUGUCACACGCGAGCAUGCUUUUCCGUCGUUCUGGCUCCGUAGGAGCGCUCGCGCGCAUGUUCCUCGCUACGCCGUGUGCUAGCGAGACGAGAAUGAUAGCCAACACCAAGGGCCGCUUGCGCAAGCUCCUCCUCUGGAGCACACGUAGAAAGCACUUGGCCGCCAGUGACAAGUGUCGACGAUGUUUACGAGUACAUCGAGAACCGCAGCGACGCAUCGGUUCGAGUAGCAUUGUUGUAUUAGUCUUAGUCGUAUGCAACUGUACAGCAGUGAUUGAUUGUCUAUUUAUUGUACUAGCACUGCAGAAUGCACUGGCACAGCUACGUAAUUGUCCUCGAGCUAAAUCACCUUUGUAUCGCAUUGCUAUUAUUAUUUCAUCGACAUUUAGCGUGAUCGUCACUAGUUCAAGCGAAUGGCCGUGUAAAUAAAUGUUUUUAUUUAACACUCUACGCAAAGCGCAUUGAUGAUUUCAUUUUGCACCCCUUCUUGUCCACGCAACCACUGUUGGGACCUCAGUGUCGUGUUGCCGAUGCCAGAAUCACCUAGAUUCGUUUUAGAGUGGUCUGUCAGCGCUGCGACCGAAGGACCUGUGUUUAUGCGUGCGUGCGUGCGUGUGUGUGUGUGUGUGUGUGUAUGUGUGUGUGCACGUAUGCGUUUGGGCGUCACGUAGCAGUAUUGGACAGAAACGAGAACUAAAUAUUGCAGUGGUAUUAGCUGGAGCAGUGGUGUACGGAAGAAAAACGAGGGAAAAAGCAAAGAUCACGAUAGACAGAGCAAGAGAACAUUGUAUAUUCAUAUAUGUUACCCAUGAAUACCAUCCCAUAUAUAUAUAAACGAGUCCAAAUAAAUGUGUAUGUAAAUGAUGUGCAGACGUAUUUGUGUGUCGGUGUAGCGCAAGCCUAGAGUAGACGGAACGACGGAAACUAAUGCAAGUUGUUUUUCUGU